UUUGCCCCGUCCUGUUUUGUUGCUUCAGAAGCGCUGCGCAGCCCAGCGUUAUUUAGGCCGCACGGCGGAGGUCGCGUCUGGGGUCUGCGGUGCGACCCGGCCGGGGUAUAACGGCAAAGCGGCGGGACUGCGGCUGCGCGGAGCGGCUAGCCAAUGGGAAGCGGCCGGGGGUGGGGAGUGAAGAGAAGCAGCCAAUCGGCGGCGGGAGCGCGCUGCGCGCCCGGAUGAGGUCAGAGCGCGGCGCAGCCAUGGAGCUGCUGCCCCGCAGCCCCGCGGCCUUCGGCUCGGGCCGGUACUGGGACCGGUUCUUCCGCCAGCGCGGGCAGCGCCCCUUCGAGUGGUACGGGGCCUUCCCGGAGCUCUGCCCCGUCCUGCACAAGUACGUCCGGCCUCGCGAUAAGGUUCUGGUGGUGGGCUGCGGGAACUCGGAGCUGAGCGAGCAGAUGUACGACGUGGGGAUGUGCGAGGAGGUCGUCAACAUCGACAUCAGCGCCGCCGUCGUCCGUCAGAUGCAAGAGCGGAGCGGCAGCAAGAGGCCAAAGAUGAGCUACCUGCUGAUGGACGUGCUUCAGAUGGACUUCCCCGAUGCCCAGUUCCAGGUGGUGCUGGACAAAGGCACACUGGAUGCCAUCCUCACUGAUGAAGAGGAUGCCACUCUAGCGAAGGUGGACAAGAUGUUUGCCGAGAUCAGCCGGGUCCUGCAGGUAGGAGGGCGCUACCUCUGCGUCUCCUUGGCUCAAGCCCAUGUGCUGAAGAAAGCAGUGGAAUACUUCUCCCAGGAAGGCUGGGUCGUGCGUGUCCAUCAGGUGGCCAGCAGCGGGGACAAGCAGCAGUUUGUCCUCCCAGUCUUUGUCUACGUCAUGACAAAGUUCAAGAAGAUCCCUGGCUCGGCACCGCAGAUCCUGGAGAUCUGCCCUGAGGAGCAGGACAAGCCGAUGAGGGUGGAGAGUGCAGAGCGGCUGGUGGCGGCGGUGAAGGACAGGCAGCAUUAUGCCCUGCUCUGCAGCCAGCUGAGCAAAACCCCCUGUGGGGAGCAGGUUUCCUUGGAUCUGUGUGACAAAGAGAGCGGGAGGCCCCGCUACACGCUGCAUGUAGUCGACAGCCCCUCGGUGAAACCUUCCCAGGACAAUCGCUUCGCCAUCUUCAUCAUCCCGCAGGGCAGAGAAACCGAGUGGCUCUUUGGGACGGAGGAAGGGCGGAGGCAGCUGGCCACCAGCGCGGGUUUUGGGCGCCUGGUCACCGUGGCCCUGCACAGGGAGCAGCACUAUGAGGGCAUGGCGGGCAUCCAGGCGGAGCUGUCGGGGAAGGUGAUGGAGCUGGCCCCGCCGGGCCUCCCUGCCCGGCACCAGGUGCCCUUCCUGUCUGUAGGAGGGGACAUCGGGGUGCGGAUGGUGCGGCACCGUGACACCAGCCCCUUGAGUGGGGAGUACGUUGUGGAGGACGUGAAGGGGGAUGGCACCUGCUACUUCCGACGCCUCAUCUUCCUCUGCAACAGGAACGUGGUACAGUCGGAGGCUCGGCUCCUGGCCCCUGUGCCUCUCCCAGGCCAGAAGAAACGGAGGAAGGACAAGAAGAAACCUAGCCCCGCUGAGCCACCUGCAGCCAUCGACAAGAGCUACCUAUGCUGCGAGCACCACAAGGCCAUGGUCGCGGGGCUCUGCCUGCUGGGGGGCCCCGAACCCCUCCCAGGAACCCCGCUGGCGGUGCUGGUGGUGGGGCUCGGCGGGGGCAGCCUGCCCCUCUUUGUCCAUGACUACUUCUCGCAGGCCCGCGUGGCCGUGGUGGAGAUCGACCCCUCCAUGCUGGAGGUGUCCACACGCUGGUUUGGCUUCUCCCAGGGCGACCGGAUGCAGGUGCACAUCUCCGAUGGCCUGGACUAUGUGGCCAAGCUGGCGGCUGAAGCCCCAGCCCAGUACGAUGCCAUCAUGUUCGAUGUGGACAGCAAAGACCUCACGGUGGGGAUGAGCUGCCCACCCUCAGCCUUUGUGGAAAAGUCCUUUCUACAGAAAGUUAAAACCAUUCUGAAGCCAGAAGGUGUCUUCGUGCUCAACUUGGUGUGCCGUGACGCCCAGCUGAAGGAGUCUGUCCUGGCCACCCUCAGGGAGGUCUUCCCCCUGCUUUAUGCGCGCCGCAUUGAAGGGGAAGUCAAUGAGAUUCUGUUCUGUCAGCCCAGCCCUGAGGACCAGCGGGACCCCACAGAGCUGGGGGCACGUGCCCGGGCACUGGAGGGGGCCCUGCGACAGCCUGGGCGCCCCUGGGACAGCUCCUACGUGCUGGCAGACAUGCUGCAGGCCGUCGAGAUCCUCUGAGAGGGGCUCUGAUGCCCCUUGAAGAGAAGAGAGGGUCCUCACUUGGAUGCUGUGGCCCUGCAGCAAAGGGGUACCUAUGGCUGGGACUGCAGCUCUGGGGGGGCCAGGACUGGCCUGGGUCUGCCUGAAGGAUGGAACUGGCACGGGGCAGCGCUCCCCAGAGCGUGGCUCCCCAGCAAGCAGUCCAGGACACGGUGGAGGGCUGCGCAGCCCAAGGGGCAGCAUUGGGGUGGUGAGGGGAAGAAGGUGUUGGGGCACUGGCAGGACUGUGGGUUUGAGUCUGUCACCAUUGCUUUCCUGCUGUGGGGAAAAAGGUCCCUUCAGCUGUCCCCUUCCCUCCAACGGUCUCCUCACAUCUCUAGUAUCCCUGGUCACUGGUGUCUGUGCAGAGCCCAAGCCUGGGGGUAGGCUGAGAGCUGUGAAAAUAAAGUGCUCAGGGCUGCUCCAA